AUGGCGAAUCUCAACAGCAGCAGCAGCCGAAGUCGGAACCUUCUCUGGCUAUCGGAGCAGCAGGAGAAGCUGGCAGCAACGAACCGAAGCAGGCGAUCACCCUCUCCAAACUCAAACCAAAGGCGACCACCCGUCCUGGCGCCCAAACCUCAGUUGAGCAAGCCCUCACCACCACCACAACCACCACCACCAAUAUCAUCACUGGCUUUCAGCAAUCCCAUCUACGAUGAGUAUCGAGGACCGGCUGAACCUAUCUCCGACUUACCAUCAUCAUCAUCAUCAUCAGCUCAAGAACCCGAUCAGCAAAAGAGGACAGUAAAAUCCCCGUCACCACCACCGCCAUCAUUUCCCGUUCCCAAGCCGCGCAAAUCGCUGGCCAACACCUCUUCAGUCGGCGUCCUGCCCAGCCCUAAAAGCCCUCACCUCAACCUCAAACCGGAGACCUCCAACUCUUCCACCGCCUCCUCCUCUUCGAACACCUCUUCCUCCGCCUCUUCAAUUGAAAACUGCAUCGACGAGCAACAGCAGCAGCAGCAGUUGCGUCAACGUCGACUGGACCUGACCGCCAGCGACAGCGUGCACAGUUUUCUCUACUUUGAGCAGGAGCUGCCGGCGAAGAUGACGGCGCUGAUCAAUGAGAUUGAGACGCUGGCGGAGUCGCUGGCCAGUUCCGGUCCGGAGGAGGAGGAGGAGGAGGAAAAGGAGGAAAAUGAAACUAAAGCUUCAACCCCAGCACAGUCUCAGCCCUCUCUUGCCGUGGGCACCUUCCGUCGAAAGCGAAUUCAGGUGCAGAAGGAGCUCUUCAAGUUUUCCUUCUCCUCAGGCUCUGAUAUGCUCCCGUCGCCGGUCAGUGUGCUAAGUCCGGAGGAGUUUUCCGGCAGGGAACUAGCAGAUAAUGGUGAUAGUAAGCCGACGCCCACAAAGCACAACACCGACUCGGGCGUCUUCUCUUCGGGCGACAAUGAGGUUUCAACCGUUUCAGAAGUAAAUAACGAAAUCACCUCUUCUGAAUCAAAAGUAGAGAAGGGUGGAAAACAACAAAAGUCUGCAACCUCAAUUCCGCCGUCACCACCGCCGCCACAGCUGCCACCUCGAAAGAAUCACCCUCAGUACCAGAAGGAGCCCAAGGCGAUCGAGAAUCUGGCGCCUCCCUCGCUGAUAGCACCCUCGCCAGUUCCUUCCAACUAUUCCACGUCGACGAUUCCCAGCAAGCCACCGCCGCCGAUACCUAAGCUUCAGAGACAGGAGAAAGCUGAAGAGGAAUCACCACCACCACCACCACCACCACAGAAUAAUCUUCAGGANGUUCCUUCCAACUAUUCCACGUCGACGAUUCCCAGCAAGCCACCGCCGCCAAUACCUAAGCUUCAGAGGCAGGAGAAGGAGAAAGCUGAAAAGGAUUCACCACUACCACUACAGAAUAAUCUUCAGGAAACCUCCAUAAACGA